AGAGACGGGGAAACAUGGUAAACCUUUGCUUAUAUCUUUGGGUUUGUGGGUUGUGAACUUAUGGGAGGAGAGCUGUACAGAAAGUGACUUCCUUCUUCUUCCUCUUCUAUUUCUUCUUCUAUUUCUUCUUCUUCCUCCUUAUCUCUCUAUCUUCGUCGUCGUCGUCUUCUUUCGUAAGUUUCUGGAGAGAGAGAGGGUCUAGAGAGAGAGAUGGGGAACUGUCAAGCCAUUGAUGCAGCAGCUCUGGUGAUACAGCAUCCGAGUGGGAAGCUAGAGAGGAUGUAUUGGCCUAUAAGUGCGAGUGAGGUGAUGAGGUUGAACCCCGGUCACUACGUUUCCCUCAUCAUUCCGUUGCCGGUUUCCGAACAAGAUCACGAACAAGUAGCAGAGAAUCACGAGGAAGAGCACGGCAAAGCGGUGCGCUUCACUCGCGUCAAGCUUCUUCGGCCAAACGAAACUCUCGCUCUCGGCCAUGCCUACCGGCUGGUUACUGCUCAAGAGGUUAAGAAGGUUUUGAAGGCGAAAAAGAAGAAACAGCAGCUCGAAUUGCUCGAGAAGUUGCGAACUGGGCAAGGGAAGGAGAAUUCGGGUUGCGAAGAGGCAGCAGCAGAAGUGAAAUCUGAUGAGAAGGAGAAUAACAAGCAUGCUUCAAAACGCGAAAGGCACCGAUCAAGGACAUCAUCAGCGAAUGCUGCCGCUGCUGCCGCUGCUGCUGCUGCCGCUGCUGCUGCUGCCGCACUGAGGUCCAAGUCUUGGCGCCCCUCGUUGCAGAGCAUCUCCGAGGGCGUAAACUGAUCAGCGGUUUCCAAACUUCGAUAGCGAACAGAAUGCAGAGUAGACAAUAGAGUGCAAAAAUGGAUCCCAUGUUGAAAGCAAUAAUCCAUCUGUAUAGCAACACACAGAAAAAAAGCGCUGAAUCUGACAUUGUAUUAGAAGUGUGAGUUUCCUGGUAGCCAAUGGGUCUCUUCCCCAUUUUUUUGUGUUUGAAAUAUAAAUGAUCUGGAGAAAUACAAAACCAAAAGUUAAAUUUG